GAUGGCUUUGUCCUUUUUCAUUAUCAGCACAUGGUUUGCAAUUUCCAAUCCUGCACUGACUACAAGGCACCCAGAAUUGCUCAGGAUUUAACACAAUAAACGGUGACUAAACAAAAUAAUUUUGUUGUCCUGAGUUUAGGAAGAUAUUUAUCUGCGAGUAUGAUUGUCUUUGGAGGUUUCCAUCCAUGAUAAGGGGAAAAUCAAACUCCUGAUGAAAUCAUGGCUAGACUGAACUUUUGGAUCAUCUUUUUGACCUUCGUGUUUCUACUUGUACAGUAUCCCCUACGUGUUCUAGCAGCAUCCAAAGCCAUGGUUUGCCAAGAAAUAACUGUGCCCAUGUGCAAGGGCAUUGAAUACAAUUUAACUUACAUGCCCAACCAAUUCAACCAUGACACUCAAGAUGAAGCAGGUUUGGAGGUUCACCAGUUUUGGCCUCUUGUAGAAAUCCAAUGCUCGCCCGACUUGAAAUUUUUUCUCUGUAGUAUGUAUACGCCUAUUUGCAUGAAAGACUAUGAAAAGCCUUUGCCACCUUGCAGGUCGGUGUGUGAGGGUGCUAAAGCAGGCUGCUCGCCUCUGAUGAGACAAUAUGGCUUUGCUUGGCCAGAGAGAAUGAACUGUGACAAGUUGCCAGUGUUUGGUGACCCAGACAACCUCUGCAUGGAUUAUAACAGGACAGAAACAACAACACUUCAACCCGUGUUUCCAAAGCCCACCUACCCAUCAAGGGGUUCAAAACACUUGACUCCUCUGCAUAGUCAUAGACAACCAAGCAGGGAUUGUGAUGGUGUAUGCAAAUGCAGGGAACCUUUUAUCUCUAUAACAAAAGAAUCACAUCCGCUCUACAACCGAAUCAAGACAGGCCAGGUUCCCAAUUGUGCCGUGCCAUGUUUCCAACCCUACUUUACUUCGGAUGAGAAGACCUUUUCCACUUUUUGGAUAGGGCUGUGGUCCAUCCUGUGUUUCAUCUCAACCUUCACUACUGUAGCUACAUUCCUGAUUGACAUGGAAAGAUUUAGAUAUCCAGAGCGUCCUAUAAUCUUUCUAUCUGCCUGCUAUCUUUUUGUAUCCAUAGGCUAUAUUAUACGACUUAUAGUGGGGCAUGAAAAUGUGGCCUGCAAUAAGGACCACAUAUAUUACGAGACCACAGGGCCUGCACUAUGUACUGUUGUAUUUCUUCUCAUCUAUUUCUUUGGAAUGGCCAGCUCAAUUUGGUGGGUAAUCUUAUCGUUCACAUGGUUCCUGGCUGCAGGCAUGAAGUGGGGCAACGAGGCCAUUGCCAGUUACUCUCAGUAUUUCCACAUGGCUGCCUGGCUAAUACCAAGUGUCAAAUCCAUAGCAGUUCUAGCUUUAAGCUCUGUGGAUGGAGACCCUGUGGCUGGUAUCUGCUAUGUAGGUAACCAAAAUCUGGACAAUCUACGUGGGUUUGUGUUGGCUCCCCUGGUGGUCUAUCUUUUCACAGGGACCAUGUUUCUCCUGGCAGGUUAUGUGUCCCUCUUUAGAAUAAGAAGUGUUAUCAAAAAAGGGGGCACGAAAACAGACAAACUGGAAAAACUGAUGAUCCGUAUUGGUAUCUUUACUGUACUUUACACUGUGCCUGCAACCAUAGUUGUUGCAUGCUAUAUCUAUGAACAGCACUAUAGAGAGCACUGGGAGAAAUCCCACAACUGCUCUUGCCCGGGGGACAAAAAGAGAACAAGGCCUGAAUAUGCAGUUUUUAUGCUGAAGUACUUUAUGUGCCUUGUGGUUGGAAUAACCUCAGGUGUCUGGAUAUGGUCUGGAAAGACUCUAGAAUCCUGGAGACGAUUUACAAGUAGAUGUUGCAGAACCACCAAACCAAUGAAUGCCUCCGAUUACCGUCAAGCUACCACUGCACUAACUGGGAGGACUCCAUUGCCAAGCUCUGCUUUAUACCACAAGCAAGUGCCACUGUCUCAUGUGUGAAUAGACACCCAGCACAUUGUACUGCAGAACAUGUGGACUCCCCUUCAGACCCCACACAUUCUUGGUUUAGUUUAAAUGUCCUGAGACUGCUGCUUUUGUAAAGUUUUGCUAUUAAUACAUUGACUUUGGGUAACACUAAAAACAUUUUUUUUUUUUUUUAGGUUUAAUUUAAUAUUUGCUCCUGAGGCUAUAACAUGGGACAAUCUUUGUUCUUCAGAUAUUUGUGACUGCCAGAAAGACCUAAAACAAAUGCAUUCUAGAACUUUCUGGUAGUGAAUGGGUUCAUGGGUAGACCAGCUCCCAACAUGAGCUAGUGGAAGUCCUAGAUAUUUAAACUGCCAAAACAGUAACGUGGG